AUCCCAGCUGCUGAUCUCUCUGUGGUUCUGUUGGUUCUGUUUCAGAUGACGUGGACCUGAACAGCAUGGCCACCAUCCCCGGUAUGGGGAUCCCAGAGCAGCUGAAGGCCGCCAUGGAGCAGGAGCAGAGCAGUAAAGAGACAGCUCCUGAGGUGGAGAUGUCUAUCCCGGGUCUAGACUGGGGCAUGGAUGAGGUCAUGGGUAAAGACACCAAGAAGGUCCCGCAGAAGAAAGUCCCAUACGCCAAACCGAUCCCAGCCCAGUUCCAACAGGCCUGGGCAGAGAAUAAAGUACCCAUGAUGCCGCCUGGUGGAGAGUUGUCCAAAGACCGGAAGGUGGAGCAGAAAGUGGACGGGAAGAAGAAAACUCAGGCCGAGAUGGAGCAGGAGAUGGCAGCUCUGCAGUACACCAACCCCAUGCUGCUGGAGGUACCGGCAUGUCAGACUCAGAUGAAGAUGAACCAGAUGAACACAGACGGGAACAUGGGGCCCCCACAGGGCCAGGGCCCGAUGCCUCCCUUCUCUGGUCCUGGGGGUCCGAUGCCUCCGGGCCAGCAGGGCUUUUCCUCAAACAUGCCUCCUCAGCAGAUGCCCAACAACAUGGGGCCUCCCAUGGGCCCCGGAGGCAUGCAGCCUCCUUUCAUGCCCCCUGGACAGAUGGGGCCACCCUCUGGACCCCAGUCUCACCAGGGCCCCCCUCAGGGCAUGAUGGGACCACCAGACAUGCAAGGACCCCAAGGUAUGCAGAGACACCCUGGCCCGCCCAGAAAUAUGGGCCCCCAAGGGCCUCAUGGUAUGGGACCCAGAGGUAUGCAGGGGCCCCAUGGUGGGAUGAUGGGCCCCCCUCCUCGAGGAAUGGGUCCAAGGGAUCCUCAGGGGCCUCCACCUCAGGGGGGCAUGAUGCAACCUCAGGGGAACAUGAUGGGCCCGCAGGGUGGGAUGAUGGGGGGGCCCCCACCCAGGACACACGGCAACGGACCGAACAACUAUGGCAUGGGCAACAUGCAGGGGCCCCCGGGAGGGAUGCACGGGCCUCCAGGAAAUAUGCAGGGGCCCCCAGGUAACAUGCAAGGACCCCAUGGAAACAUACAGGGGCCCCCACAUGGAAAUAUGCAGGGGCCCCCAGGAAACAUCCAGGGCCCCUCGGGUAACAUGCAAGGACCCCAUGGAAACAUGCAGGGGCCCCCAUACAUGCAGCACCAGGGCCAGAACUCGGGGCCUAUGAUGGGACACGGGAUGGGCCAGCAGGGGCCCAACAACAAAGACCCUCGGGGGCCGCCGCCCAACCACCACAUGGGCCCUCCAGACCGACAGGGUCCAGGGGGACCGGACCAGGGCUCAGGGCCUUACUGGGGGGACAACCAGCAGGGUCGACGUGGACCACAGGACUUUGAUGGAGGCCAGGACUUCCAUGGCAGAGGGGAGGAGGGCUGGAGACCAGGACCUGGACCAGGAUCUGGACCAGGAUCUGGACCAGGAUACCAGGGAGGAGGAGGAGGAGGACACAGGGGGGGAGGACACCGAGGAGGAGGAGCAGGAGGAGCAGGAGGAGGAGGAGGAGGAGGAGGGAACGGAGGGAACUGGGGCUCCGAAGAGAGGUUCACCGGAGGAGAGUUCAGAGGACGGAGAGACGAAAGGUUCAGAGGAGGAGGAGGCCCCGGCCGGCCCGGAGCUCGAGGUUACUCUGAGGACUACGGGGGCCAGGAGGACAGCUUUGAGGGCCCCGAGGAGAUGAGUCGAGGCUGGGACAACGGAGGUCGAGGGAGACCUCCUCGGGGAGGAGGUCCACCCAGAGGAGGAGGUCACGAUGGUUACCGGGACGGUCAGCAGAUGCAUGAUGGGACGUCUCCGGCUGGUCGUGAGCGCUCCUCGUCCCUGCAGGGGAUGGACAUGGCGUCUCUGCCCCCCCGGAAGCGCCCGUGGCAGGACGGACCGGGAACCGGAGACCCCCGAGAGCGCGAGUCCCCCGGAGCUGACGGAGGUCGCCCCCCCCAGAGGGAGGACGGCGGUUACGGUCCGCCUGGUCGGGGUGGACGAGGCGGCUGGGGUCCCGGAGGAGGACCUGGACCAGGACCGGCCCUUAGGAGAGGAGGACCAGCACCCAGAGGACCACCGAGGGGGGGCGUCCGGGGCCGGUAGUCCUGAAGAAUAGAACUCCCAUCACCCCGCCCCCCCCCCCACCACACAGACCUGAUCCCCGAAACCUUCAGACAAACUUUGGUCAUGUGACACAUGGAGAUCUACGCUGGUUUGUGAUUGGUCCGUACGGACGGAGCCGACAGGAAGCAGCCGCGUCACCGA